AUGCCGUAUAAUUGCAAUUUCUCUAUCGUUUUCCAGGUCAAAGCUCAACUCCUCCUUGUAAAUGCGGAAUCCCUGCGAGCCCCCCUCCGAGCGGCAAGAGAUCCGUCGAUUUCCAAACCAAUGCGACCGAUCCCAACCUGGAUCGGAUUUGGCCCAUCGGACACUUUCUAUGUGACCCUUGGAGAUUUGGACUGGUCGACGACGACCGAAAGUCAAUCCAUUCGGCUGCCGGCACGGGCCAUCAUCCACCCGCAGUACGACCCAGUUUCCAAAGUGAACGACGUCGCUCUGCUCAAGCUCAACUCUACUGUGGACUUCCUGGCUUUCCCUCGCAUCCGUCCCAUACCAUUCGGCUGCCAGCACGGGCCAUCAUCCACCCGCACGGGGAUCAGCACGGUGUUGAAAGAGUCGACGGCGACCAUCAUGACGGAGGCGUAUUGCAAGAACAAUCAGGGCACCCUCGUCAACGACAACAACUUCUGUGCCAAUGCAUUAGGAAGGAACUUCUGUAACGGCGACGUCGGCGGACCGUUCAUGUCCGAAACCGAGGCGGGCUUCUACCAACAAGUCGGGAUCAUUUCCACGCCCCCCAAGGAAUGCCAACACCUCGUUGGAGGGAUCAGCUUGAAGACGGCGAAUUACGUGAACGGGUUCAUCAAGCCCAACACCCAGGAUGCCGUUUGGUGCUCUGCCGCCGAGCGCUGAGUCUCUUCUUAGAAUUCGGUUCUGAGAAGCAUGAAAGAUAAAACGUUCAUUAAUGG